UUCUCUCUUUCAACCCUUUUCAGUUUUCAAUAAAAAUUGUCUGGGUUUGCUUCGUCGUUCUCUACUUCCAGUAAGCCGAAUGCGUUGACUUUAUUAAUCGAUUUCACUUCCACUUCCUGUCGCAAGCGAAAGAAAACCUCGACGACCUGGUGGCGGAGAAGGCUCGGUUGCGAACGGUCUCCCAGAAGGAUCCAGAAGGCUGGGUCAGAAAUUAAACGCCUCUUGCCCUUGCAAAUUACCCUAAAGACGCUCCACUCCACUGUGUUUCUUCUUCAAAACCUAAUUUCUAUUGUCCUAUAAAUUAUCAGAUCCAACAAGAGGUUUUCGUUUAUCGGAGACGAUGAAUUCGAAAAUGAAGGAAGCCGAGUCAUGGCCGUCAGAUGAACUGGAAGCGCUACUUGCAGGAAAAUUGAGCAAGAGCCCAUGUUUGUCUCUUGCAGAUUCACCAUCGAAAUCCAAGUCAACGCCGCCCCAAUCGCAUCUCGCAGAUCCACCAUCAAUAGCAUUACCGAACCAAGUUUAUUUAUUUUUCUGGCACGCAUAUAGUCCAGUCAUGUAUACCUUGUAUGAAAUUGACAUACCAAGACCUCUCCCACCUCCUCCAGCAAAAGCUUCUCAAGACCUGAUGCCAAGCCGACUCAAUCCAAUGCUCAAGCUUAAAACCGGCAAAUACCCUGACCGCAUGUGUUGUGUUCAAUUGGGCUCCAAUUUGUACUUUUUGGGUGGCGAAUUCAAUAUCACUAACCCAUACAUUGAUGAAGAUGUAAUAAAAGAACUCAAGAAUGUAAAACGGGAUGUUUUUCCGCCAGACGUCUAUAUUUUAGACCUCGCCAACCCCCACCCCUUAGACUCUGAUUCUCGGAAAUUGUCACCCUGGAAACCAAUGAACAGUGGAAAGGCCAGCCCGCGGGCCUUUGUGGCAGAUGGGAAGAUUUACGUGAUUGGAAGCACCAUCCAAAUGAAUAUCAUUGACAAAUCUAAAUUGAAGGACUUAGAUCUCGAAAGCUUUGCUUACUUCGAGGUUUAUGAUCCUGAAGUUGAUAUGUGGAACAUCUUGCCAAAUCCCCCUAUUCGAGAUAUGAUCACCAAAUGGGUGGGGCAUGCUGUUGUGGGAGAGAGUCAAAAGACAGCUCUUCUUACAGCAUGGCAGAGGGGAAAAGAGUGUGUAUAUUUUUUCGAUCUUGGCAAACAUCAAUGGAAAAAGUAUGCAAGCCUCCCUUCCUACCCUGGAAAUUUCUCGGGUAGGAUUGAGUAUGUAGAGGAUACCGUUUAUGGAUGUUACGGUAACACAAUAGCUGCUAUUGCUCCAUUAGAAGCAGAAGAGGAGGAGGAGGAAGAAGAAGAAGAAGAAGAAGAAAAUGAGGUGCAUGAAGAAGAGGAGGAAAUAGAGGAGGUUCACAGGUUGCUUAAGCAUCACGGCCUUCAUUUAGUUUCAGAGGAGAUGGGUAUGGAUGCCAUUUUUUAUGAUCGUCUGCCCUGGAGGAUGCGUAGGGCUAUGGAUGGUCCUCCGCAAUGGCAAUCGAGCUUGCUUCACUUGGGGAAUAGGUACUUUUGCUAUGUAAACACUGGCAUGCUUCCAGUGUUUAGUGACAUUAGAAUUGUAAUUUUUCAGGCCCUUGGAAAGACGUACAAAGCAGAUGCCACUAGACUUUUCAGUGCAAAAUUCUGUCAUUCGGCGCAUUAUAAUGUCAAUAACCCAGGUGAAGGUAUCAUUGAUGGUUUCUUCUCUCCUGGGUCAAUAUCUCUCGACCAGCCAGAAAAUCUUGACUCAUUAGUGAGUGACACUGGGAGUGAGUCGAGUGACAUUGAGGAUCUCUCCUGAAUUGAUUGAAGCAAGGAGGCACUGCCUAUGGUGGUGGGUCUAGUGACAAACAGCAAGAGGCAGAGCAAGGAGGCUCCACCAUGGGUUUGGGUCGGCAUGAUAGAAAAGCUCGGGGUUUAACAGAUCAGGGGAAGGGGAAGCCACUACCGAUGGUGGUAGUGGCGAUUUGUGGAGUAGAACAAGCCUUUGAGGCUUUCGGCCAUGGGGUCUUGUUUAGGAGAGAGAGAGAGAGAAAGAGAGUUGGUUACUUGCCUGAGAGAAAGAUAGAAUGGCCCAGUGGUACAAAUUGAUACGAAUAUCUGUAUCUGAUAGAGAGAGAAUAAAACAUCAUCUUUUAAGAGCUCAAAAAUGUCAAUUUUUAUGUUUUAUUGAAGUUCUUGACCAGUUUCUAAAUUUUUACAAAGCCACCUUUUGAUCUUGUUUUCUUUAAUUUUGUUAUGUUUUUCAUGUUUAUAAGGGGGAAAUCUCAGAGGUGGGUUACUGAUGCAGUUCAUUUUUAAAUCUAUCUGUUCUUAGUUUCUAUUGUAUAAUAAGUAAUUUCUUGUUUUACUUUUUAAUACCUUUAUCACUUGUUACAAAAAGUUAGUUGGUUGAUACGUUGUUAGUGAUAAGUGCAAUAGCCUAUUAUUUAGUUAGAGGCUUUGGCCAAAUCACAUAGCAGUCCCAUGUAGGUUCUUGUAACUAACUUGUCAGUUUGCUUAUGUAACUAUAAAUAAAUAAGGCUGCCUUCAUUAUA